CUAAUGGUGGAGGGGUCAGUCAUGGUACUAAUGGUGGAGGGGUCAGUCAUGGUACUAAUGGUGGAGGGGUCAGUUAUGGUACUAAUGGUGGAGGGGUCAGUCAUGGUACUAAUGGUGGAGGGGUCAGUCAUGGUACUAAAGCCAACCAAGUCAGUUCCUGCAGUCAACAGUCUCACCAUCCCGUUGCGUUUGAUGGUGUCGUAAUAAAACAAGAACCACUUGAAGAAGACGACCAAAAUAAUCAAGCACAACGGAUACAAAAUGUCAGCAAAAASUACCAACAGCUCAACAAUGUUGCUACAUGUAGCAUGAUGAUAAAACAAGAGCCUCUUGAAGAACCCAAAGACAAUACUGUUGAAGCUGCUAGACAACACCCACUGAAUGAGGGACAAGGCCUUGCCGACGUGUCCUCAUCACAACAAGACCAGCCAGCGAACCGGUCAAGAUUAUCUAGUGAAGAGUUUGGUGUUAUCCAGGAACGCAAUGGCGAUGAACAAGACCCUCAAGCACGUGACUUAGCGACAGACGAUGUGGAUAGUGAUCAAGAGAACGAUAUCUUAAACGAUGAUGAUGAUGGUGACGGUGAUGAUAUUGAUGAUGGUCAUGAUGACGAUGAUGGUGAUGACGAUAGUAGUGGUAAUAAUACUGGUGAUGGUGGUGGAGCUAGCGGAGGUUGUGAUGACGGUGAUGGAGAUGCUUCCAUUGAUAAUGGUGAUGGUAGAGGUGCAGAUAUCGAUGAUGAUGGCGGUGAUGGUAAUAAUACUGGCGACGGUGGUGGAGCUAGUGGAGGUUGUGAUGACGGUGGUGGAGAUGCUUCCAUCGAUAAUGGCAAUGGUGAUGGUAGAGGUGCAGAUAUCGAUGAUGAUGGCGGUGAUGGUAAUAAUACUGGCGACGGUGGUGGAGGUUGUGAUGACGGUGGKGAAGAUGCCUCCAUCGAUAAUGSCGAUGGUGAUGGUAGAGGUAUUAGUGGUACUACUUGUGAUGUCGAUGCUAUUGUUGAUAAUGCUGGUAUAGAUGGCAAUAAUAAAGCCAGUGUUGAUGACGAUGUCCAGGAGAUUGUUCUUGUCCAUGAUGAUGUUCCAGUUGUGGAUAUCUCAGAUGAAAGUGAUCCUGAAUACGACGAACAACAACCCAACCCUUCCCAGAAUACACCAGCCAAGAAACCAUUGCAGUGCGUCAGAUGUAAUAAAGUUUGUUAUAUCAAUGAAACAUCAUCCAUCUACCGACCAGCCCUUAAUGGUGAAAGAUCCUUUGURUGUAUAGUAUGUAACUUUAAKACGUUCAAACACAGACAUAACGAGGUAUACAGUGCCAACAACAAGAACCCUAAUCACGUGUCUGCUCAGGGAGAUAAUGUAGACAACACUGCCGUUUCUGAUAGACUGACAAAUAGCGGACGUGGUCCAAGAUGCGAUUUCUGCCUUAAAGACUUCAAUACUGAACGUGGCCUGCAGUCGCACGUGAGACAAGUACACGGGUCGUCAAGGCCUUUCAUAUGCUGUAUUUGUAGAARACAAUGCACAACAGAGCACACUUUAAAAAGUCACUUUACUCAUAAGCAUGGCAGAACGGGACCUCACCGCUGUAAAGUGUGUUCGCAGGAAUUCAUGGACUGGGGUCAUCAACAGCAGCAUAAUUUCCAAGUUUAUGAGUGUGAAGUUUGUCAAAAAAUGUUCAACUGGAAAAAGCACUUAAUAAGACAUAAGGCCGUUGUCCAUCAGCUGAACAUGUGUUCUAACUCGAAUAAAUUAAUUCACGAUCAAAGAUUCGUAGCUUCAAAGAAUAAUAUGAAACAAAGACAUGAUCCGAGGAAACCAUUCAAGUGUUCACUAUGUGAUGAAACGUUUCAAUGCGAAAGAACUUUACGAGAUCACGAAAUUCAACACAGACCAGUAGAAAAGAACUGCCAUAAACCAGGAGAACAGUGUAGUGUCUGUGAUACUAUAAACAAACUCAAAAACUUAUCAAACAGAAAGUAAAACACCAAGGAGACAGAUAUCACCCUUUAGAUGUUCAAAAAAUAUCACAAAGUCGAUAUCUAUUAAAGCAAGUUGUCAUGUUCUGUAA